ACGCAGAAUGAACGAUAUCAAACCUAUGAAAUGAAUUUAAUAGAGAGAACGCAAAUACACGGUUUAAAAUUUCUCUCCAAAUCAAAGCAUCGCUGGUUCUGGGCGUUGCUGCUAAUAACUUACGUAAUAUGUUGCAUUCUCCUCCUCUACGUAUGGAUGGAUCGUUUUUUAAAAGACCCGACAUACAUUGUUCUAUUACAACCUCAUAAAAGUAAAAACCUGUUUCCUGCAGUGAUAGUAUGUCCAGAAAUAGCGUUCCCGAACGAUAAAAUAGAAAAAUUCAUUAAAAAUCUUGUUUAUCCUCGCAAUAACACAGAAGAAUAUUUACGAGCACAUAUACAGCAGUUGGCAGCAUUUUUUUCUCCGGACGUGUUCUAUAGAUUGGAUGAUUUGGAAAUCAUUGAGAACGUUCUAGAUUACAACAAAGUGGAUGUAGAGACAGCAGGACUGAAUCUGACGGCUUCUUGUGAAGAAUCUAUAUCACGAUGUCGUUGGGGUGGCCAUUUUCUAAAUUGUACGAAACUUUUCAAAAUGGUUUUGACGACUUAUGGAUUUUGCUGCAUGUUUAAUGGCCGUUAUUUGAAAAGGGACUUGACCGAAUUAGAAUCGGUGCCUGCGCCGCCCAACUACAGGAUUAACAAAAACCUUGACUUCACCGGUGGUCUUAUGUUAGUCGUAAACCAAAGCCUAGCUACCCCUUUCGAUGUUGAUAUCUCCUACAAAUGGCUUUCCCUCCAUGGCAAUCAACGCUUUGUAAACCUGCCCGGCAAUGGAACGCCCAUAACUCCGGGCACCGAGCUGCACGCAGGGUUCAUACCCAACAUGCUGCGUGUUGACGAGGACGCUGCCAAUCUUGACAGGGACCAAAAACGAUGCCGCAUGAGUUAUGAAGCCUUGGAAUACUUUCCCGUAUAUCACAAACAACACUGCCUGAUGGAGAUCGAAAUGAGGAGAACUAUAGAGCUCUGCGGAUGUCUGAAACUGGGACACCUGCACGUGCCUGGUGUGCCCGUGUGCCGCGCGCGCAGUUUGCAGUGCGCUAGGCUGGCGUCAGGUAAGCAGGAUUUUAAUUACACUAUAACUAUAUCUAUCUAUUUAUGUAAAAGACAUUAG